UACACUUCAUUUAGACGAUUAAUUCAUGGCUUGGUCAUCGAAUAGUUCUCCUGGGCAUACAUCGCAAUCAUUUCCAAGACACAAAGCCACUCAAAUUAAGCUUCUAGAAAGGCUACGCUUGGAGAAUCCAGUUUUGAAUGUGGUUGCACUUCCCUCUCAACCGGUUCCAUGUGGAAAGAACAAACUGAAGUUUCCUGACCCUAAUAAUGAUUCUUAUGUUAUUCUUUCUUUGAAUAGUCAAGCAUCUAAGUUAUCUUUGCCUGUUCACUACGAGUUUGAGGAAAAAGAAGAAUUUGAAGRAGAAGAAGACGAAUGUCGCUUUAUGGGACACGUUAACGGAUUAUCCUACAGUUUACAACUACUGGCAGUCACGCGUUACUCACUAGAUGGAGAAAAACUCUCAUCUGAGCCAUCAGAAAAAGCGUUCUACUGUUGCUGUCCUUUAACAGAUAGAGGAAAAAUUGAUCAAGAGACAACCUCUGAUGGUGUUUUCGGGUUUUGGUUUCGCCUUCUCAGUGAAGACAUGCGUUUUCAUUUCACAGUGGCAUUAAGACUUGACGGACUUGAUUUACUGCCCAAAGAAUACUACAAGAAUGACACGUAUUUGUGUAAUCUGAAUUGCCAGGAUGGGAUUGUUUGCUCAGUAGAGUUUGAUAUCUAUACCACAGCACGCCAACAUGAAACAUCGGGUACAAUUAAAAAAACAAAAACCACUGGAAUACAAGGGAAUUCCGAUGGAAAGACUGCAUUAUCUCAACUGUAUUCGAACGACAAGUACAAAAAGUUAAUUCAAUCUGUGCAUGAGCUAAAACUCGAAGCAAAAUAUAAUGACCUAGAGCAGCUAUUAUCUCAUGCCUCUGCUAGAUAUCAAGCAGACUAUGAUCUUAAAGUAGUUGUACUUCUAGAACAAGGGUCAGUGGCCAGUAGAAAGAGAUUCUGUGAUUAUGCCAAGGAGCUAUUUAAAAAUGCAGUAGAUUUAGUAGGAAGGUGCCAAAACAAGUCCCUUCUAACUGGGAGGAUAUAUGUCUACUUGUCUGAAGUACAUUUUAAUGAGGGGUGUAUUGGGAAUGCUGGGGAAAGCCUAGCUGUCGCUAGAAAGUAUCUGGAAAAUUUUGAUUUGUGUGAAGACCUAGGUGAUCUAUGUUUCUGUGAAGGGCUAAUUCUGAUGGUCCAUGCCAAGAGAACACACACUUUCUUAAAGAAUCUUAUCCCUGAAGCAAGGGAAAAGUUUCUUGAUGCAGCCAAGAACUACCAUAGUGGUGUAAGCGUUUGCAGCAUGGGUGAUAAACUGAACUGUACUUAUGUUAAGCUUGCAUCUCUUGAAUUGCAACCAAUGCCUGYAGAUGAUGGCAAAGAACUUAUUGUAACUGCUGAGCAAAUGUCCAAGGCACAAUCUUACCUGGAGACAGUACAGCAAGAUUUUAAAUCAUUAUCACAACAGACAAAACUAUAUUAUUAUUUAUGCUCAGCUGAACUGUGCCUGGAGUUGAAGAAGGUUAAUGAGGCUAAUGUCAAUUAUAAACAAGCCUUGAGCCUUGCAGAAACUAUUGGAUUGCAAAACUAUGUGCAUGUGGACAUUGCUCUAGAGGAAGUGAGACGAUGUCUGGAAAAUGAUCUUGUGGUGGAAACACCUCUUGUUACGGAACAACAGGAAAAUGAUGAGACUUCAAGAGGGCAGGCUGAUAACCUUGAUGGUUACCUAGGAGAUGAAAGUGAUGAGGAUGCCUAGCAAAUUAUAAAAUGUUACACCAGUGGGGUAGGGACAUUGAAGGAAUGCUUCAUUUUGGAUGAUGCAGUAACCAGAUUAGAAAUAAAAUUACAGAAUUAUGAUCUCAAGUGUAAGAGAUAAACAACACUAUUCUAUGUUGUUAGUAGUUCUAGACUUAAUCUUGGUUACUAGAGUCUCAAAUUGAUUUGAUAACCUGAGGUAAACUCUUAGUUGAAAGAGCAAUGUUUUCCUUUCGACUGCAUCUACUUACUGUUGCAACUACUGUUGUUAUGAGGUUUGCAACUUUCAAGGGUAUAAAUUGAAACUAUUCUAAUACAUGUAUAUUUUAAUGUACCAUUUUAAGGACUUCUUUGGUGCCUUUCAAAAACUGAUUCUAGAAGUUUUCAGGGAGAUAAAUGAGUUGCACGAACCCUGUUUUGUCCCAAGCAAAUGCUAUGCUGCCUAUAUCAGUUCCAAUAUCAUGGAUCAAAAUACAGUCAACUCUCAUCUUGCGUACACCCACAAGAUGAGAGAAAAAGAAAAAUCCCUGGCAAAAAAUACUGACAAAGAAAUGAUAAUAAUUAAUUUUGCUAUUGCAGACACCAUUACGGACACCAAGUAACAGUCCCAAGGGUGUGCAUUGUAACAAGAAUUGACCUCAAUAUUAAAGGAAAAAAAAUCUCAAAAUGUAAAGACAAUAAAAUUAUUGGAAAAGAUCAGCUGGUUUGAUAUUGCAAUAUUUUUGAAAUCAAAAAUUUGAACGGAUUCAAGAUUGUUUUAUUUUUGUUGCACCUUCUUUGUCACAAAAAUUUCAUCAAAUGAAUAUACACUAAAAUAACUUGCUCUAUAGCUUUAGCUUUG